AUGGACAUCUCACACCCCGCAGCACGCAGCGACUCCACAAAGGUCAACAUCCUCCUCAUCGGCCUGGGCAGCAUCGGCACCAUCUAUGGAUACCUCCUCGAAAAGUCCGGACGGGCCCGCGUGACCGCCGUCGCACGCAGCAACUACAGCCUGUACAAGGAGCACGGCGUGCGCAUCGACACCGACCGUUUCGGCGUCGUCGACGCCUGGCGGCCUAGCCGAGUGUUCAAGAGCCAGGAAGAGGCUCUUGCGGACGGCACGCACUACACCUUCUGUGUGCUGUGCACGAAAUGUCUCCCUGAUGUGCGGAGCAAUGCGAAGGUGCUCGCCCCGACGAUCGAAUCAGGGCAGGUGUCGACCUUCCUGCUGAUCCAGAACGGCCUGGGUGUCGAGGAAGACCUGAAAGCCGCGAUCGGCUCUACACCCCUGCUCUCCUGUCUGGCCUGGAUCUCUGGCGUGACCAACCCCGCGGGCGAUGUGGUGACAUGGCGCGGAAUCGAGAAGCUCGGCGUCGGUCUCUACCCGCCCCCUUCUCGCGCUCAGCCCAUGUGCGGCCGCUCCGAAGCCGCGCUCGACAUGUGGGUCUCGCUCAUGAAGUCCGCCGAUGCGAACGUGAUUACGACCGACGACGUCGUCUCGAUGCGCUACGCCAAGAACGUCUGGACAGCGACGCAAGCGACGCUGCAGGGCCUGACGCGCACGCCGCAGCCGUGUUUCGCACUCGUUGACGAGAGUUCGCAGCAGCUGAUCAAGGACUUCAUGACCGAGGUCGUUGCUCUGGGCUACGCGACCGGUCUGCUGUGGGAGGGCAUGACGGUCCAACCAGCCGGGACGACUGCCGGCGGGCCCGAAUCGAUUGUGCAGGGCAUGUGGGAGAAGUUUGUCUCCAAGCCGAACCCGGCCAAGACGCACAAGUGGAGCAUGCUCGUCGACAUUGAGCAGGGGCGGCCGUUCGAGGUCGAGGUCGUGCUUGGUGCGGUGGUCAAGCUGGCACAGGAGAAGAACUUCCCCGUCCCGAACACGCGCUUCGCAUAUGCGCUCAUGAAGGGCAUGCAGCAGGGCAUCCUGCACAAGGUCCAGUUCUAG